ACAUGCGAUAGUUGUGGAGCACAAAUUCAUCGCAAUGCCCCUACAUGUCCAAUGUGCAAGAUGCGAAGUCGCAGUAAAAAUCCGAAGAGGUGCAGAAAGAAAGGCGAGUGAAGUCGUCUCAGCUUCUAUGACUUAUUCAUUCCAGCGAUAUCCUUUGCUGAUUUAG